AUGGCAACAAACGAGAAGUUUGAAAAGGCUGUCGCCAUGACGGGUGAGAGGAGCGACGUUGAGUCGGCUUCGCUGCCUUCGGUCGACCCCCGCACCAUCACCGAAGACAAUUACCUCGGCAGGCCCACUGAGGAAGACCUCGCCACCCUCCGUCGUGUACCCGGUAACAUCCCAGUCAUUGCCUAUCUGAUCUGUGUUGUCGAGUUCUGCGAAAGAGCCUCUUACUACGGCGUCCAACCCCUCAUCAGCAACUAUGUCAACAGACCUAUGCCACGAGGAGGCAAUGGUUGGGGCGCCCCUCCCCGCGACAAGAAUGACCAGCAGACGGCCGGUGCUCUGGGAAUGGGCACCGUCGCCGCCAACGCUGUGACGCAGAGCUUCAGCAUGUUGGCCUACGCCUUGCCAGUGGUGUUUGGUUGGAUGGCCGAUGCCAAGUUUGGCCGCUUCAAGCUGAUCUGCUGGGGCGUGGCCGUGUUUGGUGUUGCCCAUGCCCUCAUGGUGGCUGCCGGCAGCAAAGACUUACUGUUGGCGGGGACAUCCAAGGCUCCUUAUUUUUUGUCUGUCUAUAUACUUGCCGUGGGUGCAGCCAUGUUCAAGCCCAAUGUUUCCCCACUCCUUCUCGAUCAAGUAACAACUACCGUGCCCACCGUUAUCACGCUGAGCAGUGGGGAGAGGGUGAUCCAAGAUCCCGAGUCGACCACGGAGCGCGUUAUGCUCUGGUUUUACUUGAUGAUCAACAUUGGCGGGUUUAUGGGCGUUGCCACGUCGUAUUCAGAGAAAUAUGUUGGUUGGUGGCUUGCCUUUCUGAUCCCGCUCAUCCUCUACCUUCCCCUGCCAUUCCUUCUCUGGUUCCUUUACAAGCGUUUGAUCCUCCACCCCCCUGGUGGAAGCGACCUUCCCAACGUGUUCAGGAUCCUCAGCAUCUGCUUCCGCCGUGGUAGCUUUGCCAAAUUCGGUCGGCAUGGGUUUUGGGACCUCGCCAAACCAUCCAACAUUGCAGCUGCAGGCCUCGCCGAGAGCUACCCAACCCGCUGGAACGAUGACUUCGUCGAAGACGUGCGCCGUACCUUUCAGGCCACAGGCAUCUUUUGCUUCUUCCCCAUACAGUACAUCAAUGACAAUGGCAUUGGCGCGGCGGCCAGCUUCUUGUCAACUAUGCUGGAGACAAACGGCGUCCCCAACGAUGUUAUUUCCAACUUCAACGCUUUGAGCAUCAUUUGCUUCGCGCCCAUUCUCAACUACGGAUUGUAUCCGCUUCUUCGUAAGAUGGGCAUUCACUACGGCCCCAUCGCCCGCAUCACAACUGGCCUCUUGAUGUCGAGUGUUGGUGGAGCUGGAUACACCAUCAUCACCCACUACGCCUACAAGCGGUCACCAUGCGGGGAAUAUGGGAGCAGCGACUGCACCAUCGGGACUGGCGUGGCCCCCAUCAGCAUAUGGUGGAUGGCCAUUCCUUUUGCCAUUGGAGGCAUCUCAGAGCUGUUCGUCAACGUCCCCGCCUACGGCCUCGCGUACUCCCGUGCGCCUCCCAACAUGCGCGGGCUUGUCUCUGCCCUCAACCUCUUCACCUCAGCGGUUGCGUACGCCAUCGGUUUGGCAUGCAGCAGCGUCAUUCAAGAUCCUCAUCUGGUGUGGGACUUUGGCGGUCCAGCCAUUACAGGUGGAAUUUUGAGCGUGGUGUUUUACUUUUUGUUCAGGCACAUCGAUAGGGAGGAGUAUGUGCUUAGCAAGAAUACUGGGCCCACGAAUGUGGAAGUGGAGGGGGUUGUCGCUGGUGCUGCACUCAAGGAAACCACUGAGAAGUAAUGGAAGAGAGAGAGAGAGAUAACGAGUGAGAGGGGUGCUGGUUUCACUUUUAAUGGGUGCAGUAGACAUUAUUUUGGACACCAGACUGGUGAAUCAUCAUCGGUCACGCUGGCCAAAAUCUUCGUUAUCAGCAUGGAUUAUGAGUCAAAUGAUAUCAAGAUAGGAUAUGAGAAAAGAAGCUUUAAUUGUCAAGAUUAUGAAUACCUACUACCACUUCUGCUUGAUCAGUGUGGCCAGGAAUAACAUGAAGCCGCGUGUUGGAU